AUGUGGGACUCUAAUGUUGCACCCAACUUUGGUGCAUACUAUGCUGCACCAUAUGCCAGUGGUGUUAUUCGAGGACCAUUAGAGAGCGCUCGAAAUGUUUCUAUGGCCCUUGAAAACGUCAUUCAAAUGCUCUAUAGUUGGACUCAAAUGAUUGAUGGAACGUACUACACGUGGACUACCUCGCUCUCCAUGGCUGUGUCUCUUUGGAAUCGCCUCUAUGAAGUGCUUUCCAAGUGUAGAGGCUUUGUAAUUGGUCUUUUAAAAUGGUGGCUUAAUUUUCUUCGAGCAAAAAGAGCAUCCUCCUCCUCCUCUUCCCUCUACACUUCUCUUGAAAAGAUCUGGGAUUCUAGGACCAUAAAUAGUGUGCACACAAAUGUUCUCGGAAAUGGGGGUGCACUUGGGGUUAUUUUCCUAUUUUUGGUAGUAUGUGGCAUCAUUCUUAAGCGAAAGAAAGCGUCUCUGUUUGGUGCUGCCGAAGAGAGCCUUUCUAAUGAAUUAGACGGGGAUCCUGAUGCUUUGGAAGCUGCUGCUGAACUCGUCAAAUUAUCGCCGCCAAUUUUUGCAAAGGUCAUCCAUGGAUUUUCGUCCAAUAGAGAUGGUGACUUUCCCUCAUUAGAAGAGGGCCAGCUGAUUGCCAUCACCCAGGUGCCUAAAUCACACACCAUUUUAGACUCUGAUGGUGUUAAACAGCAUUUGGACACUCAAUUGCUAUCUGUCCACCCAACAUGGCUUUAUGGUAGAACACGAAACGGGAAAUUUGGGUUGUUCCCGUCAAAUUAUAUCUCUAUAAUCGAUACACAAGCAUCUGCUUAG